UUUCCUCAGUCUCGUUCUCGCCAGAUGGCACUUGCAUCGUCAGUGGUUCUUGGGAUCACACCGUUCGGCUGUGGAAUGCUGCAACGGGUCAGCCAGUCGACGAGCCCUUGCGGGGGCACACUGAUACAGUUUCCUCAGUCUCGUUCUCGCCGGACAGCACUCGCAUCAUCAGUGCUUCAGAGGAUAAUAUUGUUCGGCUGUGGGAUGCCAGGAGGAUGCAGCAAUCAGGACAGUGCACCGAGUCAGAUCAUACAUCAUUGUCAAAUGAACAUUGCGAUAUCGAGGCUACCACUACCAUGACAUUUAACACUUGGAACAAUCACUUCAUUUGCUUCUCGCCCAGCUCCAUCCAUGCGCUGCGCAACACUUCUGAGCUAAUGGAGGGAGCAUCCCUUGAUGGCCGCAGCUCGACCCGCUUUUUACUGGAUCGUCCCAGUGGGUGGAUGAUUGGGCCCAAACAUCGGCUCUUAUUCUGGGUGCCACCCGCUUCUCGCCACCCAUUUUAUAACCCUCAGACUGCAUUGGUGAUACCUAGAGGAGGUCCUGAGCUUGAUUUGAGCCUCAUGGCACAUGGACAACAUUGGCAGAAGUGUCGAGAGGGACCUUAGUAUCGACGAUGACCGAAGUAGUGGAUCCAUCAAGGACAUUCCAGAUAAAAUUUAGAUGUGAAAGCGCCGAGUGUACAGUGUAUCAUACGUUGUAUUCUAUUCUACACUAUGAUACUCAAUAUGCAGUCCAAGUCCAGGGUUGUCCGAGCGAAUGACUUAUUGCAGAGCUGACUGCGUGCCUCUCAUGAUUGCUAUGAUUAUAGGCUUUUGAGAGCAUGUAAUGUCGGACAAGGCAGCAUUGCCGAUCU